AUGGAGCUGCUGGUGAACAACGCGGCCGUGGCGCUGCUGCAGCCCUUCCUGGAGGUGACCCGCGAGGCCCUGGACCGGUCUCUUGAUGUGAAUCUUCGGUCUGUGCUUCAUGUCUCCCAGAUUGUUGCUCGGCAGAUGAUUGCACAAGGGGUGCCAGGUGCAAUUGUAAAUGUCUCUAGCCAGGCCUCUCAGCGUGCUCUGCGGGAUCAUGCUGUCUACUGUUCUACAAAAAGUGCUUUGGAUAUGCUGAGCAAGGUAAUGGCAAUGGAGCUGGGACCCCACAAGAUUAGGGUGAACACUGUGAAUCCCACAGUGGUUAUGACUGACAUGGGGAGAAUUAACUGGAGUGACCCUCAGAAAUCUGCUGCCAUGAUUAAUCGGAUUCCACUGGGAAAGUUUGCAGAGGUGGAUGAUGUCGUGAACGGCAUUCUCUUCCUGCUCAGUGACAAGAGUGCUAUGACAACUGGCAGCUCAUUGAUGGUUGAUGGGGGAUUUCUCGUCUCCUAAGAUGACACCUGCAUUUCACACCUGGCCUUAAUUUUCAUACUAAUAGUGCAUAGAUGUAAACUGGAUGUAAAACAGUAAGUGGCACAGACCCAAUGAUGCAGGAGAAGAGGGGGCAGCAGGGCUGGAACCUGUAUGAGAAGUGAGGCAAAAAAUUACCCUUAGGAGGCUUCUAUAUAAUAAAGCUCACAUACGCCGUCA